AUGGAGCGGCUGGAGCAGUUGGAGCGGCUGGAGCAGUUGGAGCAGGUGAUUGAAGGAAAAGGUGGGGAUUUGUUAACUUCUCUCUCUCAACUGCGCAGCUCGUUCAAUGAGGUGGUGGAGAAGCGCGUGCAGACUUUGAAGCAGGAGGAGCAGCUGAUGCAGGAACUGAAGAAGUCGCAGCAGGUGAUGCAGGAACUGAAGCAGAAGAAUGAGCAACUAAAAGCGGAGCUGGAGGAGUUGAAGCAGGAGCAGAAGCUGAAGUUGCUGAAGCAGGCGCAACAGGCGGAGCGGGCGGAGGCGACGGAAGAGGGGGAGGAGGAGGAGGCGGAGGAGGAGGAGGAGGAGGAGGAGGAGGAGGAGGAGGAGGAGGAGGAGGAGGAGGAGGAGGAGGAGGAGGAGGGAGGAGGAGGAGGAGGCGGCGGAGGAGGAGGAGGCGGAGGAGGCAGAGGAGGCGGAAGAGGCGGAGGAGGCGGAGGAGGUGGAGAUGCGUUUAGAAGGAAAAGGCCGGGAGGUUUUGACUUCUCUCCCUCACCCGCGCAGCGUGUUCAAUGA